AUGCCCCAUCGCCGGUACACUCUCUCUCUCUCUCUCUCUCUCUCUCUCUCUCUCUCUCUCUCUUUCCAAAAAAGCAGUACUAGGCAAUCAAAAAUUCACAACUAUGGUACUUUUCUGUUCUUCUCUUUCCUUAAUACCCUCUUCAUUAUUUCGGCAGGCUUUCUACCCGUCUUUCUAUAUUUUUUCUUCUUCUUCUUCUUCUUCUUCUUCUUCUUCUUCUUCUUCUUCUUCUUCUUUUAUUCCUCUUCCAUUUUGUACCUCCACUUUUAUCUUUCUCAUAUUCCAACAUAUUUCUUCCUUCUUUCCUACCACUCGUCUCUUCUUUAUCACUAUUAUUGCUUUUCUCACUCCCUUUCUUCCUUCAUGAUUAUUAUGAUUAUCAAUAUUUCACACUUUUACCUUCUUCUUCUUCUUCUUCUUCUUCUUCUUCUUCUUCUUCUUCUUCUUCUUUCCUUUACAAUGUUUAUCAUUUCCCUUGCUUUUAUCUCUUUCUUUCUUUCUUUCUUUCUUUCACAAACUUUAUUAUUUCUUCCUUUUUUCCUAUUUCAUUCACUCAUUACCAGUUUCUUAUUUUUGCCUCAUUCCUUUAUUACAAGUUUCCUGUUGUUUAUGUACGUAUUUCGUAUUAAUUUUCAAUUUUUUCCACUUUUUCUUCUUUUUUCGCAUUUCGCACUUUCAUUCCUUCCUUCCUUCCUUCCUUCCUUCCUUCCUUCCUUCCUUCCUUCCUUUUCUUCUUACACUUCUCUUUUCGCCCCUUCAUAA